UGCGUCGUUACCGUCGCCGAGGCCUUGCGUGCGGUGAAGGCCCCUCUGCCCCGUUGCUAGGGGCGACGGGGGGGUUUCUUGGGCCUAGGUGGACAUGGAGCAGCCCGGGCCCGUGGUAGGCUCUGCCGCCUCGGCCAGGGCGCUGGUGCCUGUCCAGGCCGAGGCCCGCGCUGUGGCGGUGGUGAAGGAAGCGGCUCAGGAGGCUCCCAAAACCCGCAAGAGGGUCCUGGACGAGGACAGCUACAUCCAGAGUCUUGGGAAAAUCAUCCAAAGGGAUUUUUUCCCCGACGUCGAGAAGCUGCGUGCUCAGAAAGACUACCUGGAGGCUGAAGAAAGCGGUGACUUGGAGAAAAUGAGGCAAAUAGCCAUCAAAUUUGGCUCUUCUUUGGGCAGAUCUUCGAAAGACACCCCUGCGCCAUAUGUUACUCCAGCAACGUUUGAAACACCCGAGGUUCAUCCUGGCGACCCCUCCGCGUUGAAUAAACCCAAGCUCACCGUGAAGACCCAAGAAGAAGUUGGAUCCAUCUUUCCUUCGGGAGAAGCGGAAGAAGAAGAAGAGAGUAAAGAUGUCCUGCCCAGCCUGGACAGCUUCUUGGCAAAACACACCAGCGAGGAUAAUGCUUCGUUUGAGCAGAUCAUGGAAGCCGCUGAAGAGAAGGAGAAAGCUCGGCAUUCGUGGCUCUACGAAGCUGAAGAGGAAUUUGCCCAGCGACAUCAGGAGCAGCUGGCGCUUCCGUCGGCAGAAGAACAACAGGCCCUGACUAGUGGCAAAGCUGGGGUGGAGACGUGGGAAUAUAAGGCUAAGAAUUCCCUUAUGUACUAUCCACCAGGCGUUCCCGACGAGGAGGAUGUGUUUAAAAAGCCACGAGAAGUUGUCCACCGAAACACCCGCUUCCUGAAGGACCCGUUCAGCCAAGCUGUGAGCAAAUCCCAGCUCCAGCAGGCUGCAGCCCUCAAUGCUCAGUACAAGCAGGGUAAAGUAGGCCCUGAUGGGAAGGAGCUCAUCCCUCAGGAAUCUCCAAAGGUUAAUGGAUAUGGAUUCGUGGCCACACCCUCUCCUGCUCCUGGUGUGAACGACUCGCCUCUUAUGACAUGGGGCGAGAUAGAAAGCACCCCCUUGCGGUUGGAAGGCUCAGACUCCCCGUACGUGGACAGGACUCCUGGUCCGGCCUUCAAGAUCCUGGAGCCGGGACGGAGAGAAAGGCUAGGGCUGAAGAUGGCCAACGAGGCAGCUGCUAAAAACCGAGCCAAGAAGCAGGAAGCGCUAAGAAGGGUCACAGAGAACCUGGCCAGCCUGACUCCCAAGGGACUAAGCCCAGCCAUGUCUCCAGCCAUGCAGCGCUUAGUCAACAGGACUGCCAGCAAAUUCACUGACAAAGCGCUCAGAGCCAGCUACACCCCGUCCCCUGCACACCUGGGGACACCUGGCUACAAGACGCCGGCAGGUGGGCCGCAGACGCCCACCAUCACCCCGACUCCCAGUACGCUCUCCCAGACAUCAGUGACUCAGGAUCCUGCCUCAAUCACGGACAAUCUGCUGCAGCUGCCUAAAAGACGCAAAGCUUCUGACUUCUUCUGAGGAACGCUUUCGCUCUCGCAGGGCCCUGCGGAGCAGGAUAAUGCAGGUGCUGCUGGUGACGCUUUGGCAUUGGCAAGCAGCAGGAAGAGGGGGCCGCCUGGAUUUGGGACUCUUUCUGCCCCGUAAUCCUGCCUUGCUCCAGCACUUAACAAGCAACAGGGAAGAACAGGAGAAGACCAUGUCUUUCCCCAGCAACCCCCCCUCCUCUUGUGAUCCUCUGUACCAGUUGCACCCGGUACGCAAGGAAGAAGACUACAUCCAAAAUAGCAUAUGCAGCAUGAACUCUUCGAAUUGCUUUUGGAUAUUUGGUUUUUACAAAGCAGGUGGGGGACCAGUAUUGGUUGCAUUUGGGUACAUCUAAUUCUGCCUGUGCAGAUGUUUUUAUUUAUUGAAGGCACCCAAUCUUUGAAUAAAAGCCUGGCAGAAAUUUGAA